ACGAUGUCGGGUGUUGAGGCAGCGGGCCUCGUCUUUGGUGUACUCCCGAUCCUUGUCAAAGUCGUACAAUCGUACUCCACCGUCUCGCGCACUUUCCACGACUUUCGGCACUAUUCGAAGGAGGUCAGAUCGAUACAAGUACAGUUCAAGGUCGUGCGGGGUAUCUUUAUGAAUGAGUGUCAACUGCUGCUUUGUCUCGUCGAAGACGAAGAAGGCGCAAAAUCCAUGCUGGAAGACCAUGGGGAUCGACGCUGGACAAGCAAGGAUCUAAACGAUCGGUUCAAUGACCUACUAAAGACUAACCUCGAACUAUUUCGAAGCAUAAUUGAAGCUUCAAAGGAAUCAAUUGAUACCGUGACGGAAGAGCUUCAGAGGUUCGAUGUCUUGGUCGAUAUGAGAAACAAGGGCGAAUCAAUAAAAAGUGCAAUAAAACGUUUGCGCAAUGCCACAAGAAUCGCCUUCGACAAAUCCAAAUACGAGAAAUCCUUGACAGGUCUUCGCUCUUGGAACUCCGAACUGAGUCAGCUCCGAGAACAGAUCAGUACAUUCCAGCAGAAACGCUCUUCAGCAGACAAUCGCAAGAUUCGCGGCUCGCUACCAUCGCAUAUCGGCUCCAUUAGAACUGCUUCCCAGAAUCUUCAUCAAGCUCUAUCGGGGGCAUGGUGUUGCACUGAUCUCGCGCAUGACGGGCAUUGCGCGAAACUCUAUGUAGAGGCAGAAGUGGAGACAGAAGUGCGACUCGAUCUCGCUAUAUCAUAUGGUACGGAUGCGACACAGUGCUCCCACGCGCGCAUUUCAGAGCCACCAAUCCUAUUUUACGUUCAAACGAUAAGUAUGGAUACGAUAGAUAGUCAUGCAGCUACCCCUACUACGGCAAAGAAAUUGUGUCGAGGACUUGCUGCGGGAACAAACACUGAUCUUCUGGUGACACAGUCGGUCAAGAAGAAAGCAUCUUCAGAAUUGUCGAACGAUCCGAUCGACAAACUAAAGACGAAGAAACGGAAGAAAGUGCACUUCGACGACUGCUUGGAAAACAUACAGGUCAGCGGUUCGAUAAGCUACAUGAGCGGCAGCGGUGCUGUUCAACCAUCCACCCCCACUAUACAACAGGUCAACUUGUGUCAGAUGAAGAACAUCUGUAACUACCUCGCACAAAACCUCCAGCUCUGUAGCCAGUCUCCCACCAGCCAAUGUAUAGGAUAUCUCGACUCACCUGAGAUGUACCGGCACAUGUUCUACGCCCAAGAAAACAAGCUUUUCAAUCACAACACAAAGAAGCUCAAUGCACUACCCCGGGGAGUAUCGUGUCUCUCCAUCCACCAAGCCAUGGACCAAGAAGUCGCUGAUGACCUGACCAUUGUCGAUCAACUCAAGCUAGCGCACAAAGCCACCCUCGCCAUCCUCCAAUACAACAGCACACCAUGGCUACCAUCUCGCUGGCGUCUCAAAGACUUGAGCUACUUCAGCACCCAAGAACCUUUCAACGAAGACUCGCUGAAAUCUCUCCAUCUCAGCUCGGAAAUCUCCCCAUCCGCAAACGCCAAUGCCACCGUCCUCAUGGAAGGCAUUGAACAUUCGAAUGAAGCAGACAACCUCGCCGUCUCCGCCACAGAUGACGAAAAGUACGGCAUAAAUAACGCCACGCUGUUCUUCCUUGGUGUCGCACUGCUGGAGAUCUCGCACUGGAAGCGCAUCGAGAUGCACAACGUGUCGAAGGGUGCGGACACGAAUGCGAUCCUUGCGGCGCGUCGUCUUGCAAAUCGUCCGACUCGUCUGGGCUCAAAGUAUCGCGAUAUUGCGCGCAAGUGUUUGCAGUGCAAUUUUGGGUUUGGGACGGAUUUGGAGAGAAGGGAGCUGCAGGAGGCUGUGCAUAGAGAUGUUGUGUGCCAGCUGGAGCAGAUGAUCGAGAUGCUGUCUAUAGAUUGA